CCUCUCUCUCCCUCCCUCUCGUGCGCGCCCACGCUCGGCAGGCAGCCAUGGGCACGUCGGGGUCCAAGGGCAUGGACGGCGUCGGGGGCGUCGGCGCGGCGGCGGCGGCGGGCGGCGCCGGAAUCCAGGACGAGGACGGCGUCGGCGGCGCGGGGAUGGAAUCGUGGCACGGCGGCGCGCAGCUCUACGUGUCGCUCAAGAUGGAGAACGCGCGGAUCAUCGGCGACCUCGUGCCGCACGUCUACGGAUCCGAGCCCAUCAUCGGCUCCUGGGACCCCGCCCGCGCUCUCGCCAUGGAGAGGGAGCUGGCGUCCAUGUGGGAGCUCAGCUUCGUCGUGCCGCCGGACCAUGAAACACUCUACUUCAAAUUCUUGCUCAAGCCCAAGGACGCGGAGACGCCAUGCGUCAUCGAGGAAGGACCCACGAGGCUUCUAACCGGAGGCAUGCUCGAGGGUGAUGUGAGGGUUGCAAACUUCAGGCUUAAUGGAGACGAUGAGGUGCUUGAGUUCAGGGUGUUCAACAAAGCGGACAUUGUUUCUCCGCUUGAACUUGCCGCGAGCUGGAGGGUAUACAAGGAAAACUUCCAGCCUUCCCAGGUCCGGGGAAUCCCAGACGUCAGUAUAAACGUUGCACCUGCUCAUGCAACCGAGGACGGAUCUGGUUCUAGUUUGGAGCUUGACUUGGAGCAUUAUGUUGUUCCAACACCAACUGCACCACCAACUGAAUAUGCUGCAAACCUUGCUGCAACCCCUGCAUCCUUAAUUCAACCUGGAGCCUUGUGGACAAAUGAUAUGCUUCUUAGUGAUGGCAUUCAGAGUCCAAGCAGUGCUUCUGCAGAUUUUCGAGAUCAUAGUUACCAUAAUAAGGAUAUUGAGGCCUCGGUAGCAGAUUCUUCUAAGAAGUUACAAGUUUGUGGAAUGGUAGAGUCCAAAUCAGUUGGUACCUUAAUACCAUUGCAAAAGCAGGACAGGCAAAAGGGGCUUUAUGUUGACACGGGUGUUGUCUCUCCUAAGCUUGGCAAAUCAUUUAGUGCAUGUGCCCUGGCAUCUGGCCUUAGUUUUGCAUCAACAAAGGCCAUGCCAGAAGCAGCCGGAGCUGUUGCAGCUGCAGCUGUAGCUGAUAGGUUGCAUGGAUCAAAGGAGGAUCGGAAACUGGCUAUUGUUUUGGUUGGCCUACCAGCUCGUGGUAAAACAUUCACCGCAGUUAAGCUUACAAGGUACCUUCGUUGGCUAGGUCAUGAAACAAAACAUUUCAACGUUGGAAAGUACCGCCGUCUGAAGCAUGGAGCAAAUCAGUCUGCAGAUUUUUUCCGUGCUGAUAACCAACAGGGGAUUGAGGCACGUAAUGAGGUAGCUGCAUUAGCAAUGGAAGAUAUGAUAGACUGGAUGCACGGAGGAGGUCAGGUUGGUAUAUUUGAUGCAACAAACAGCACAAGAAAAAGAAGAUAUAUGCUAAUGAAGAUGGCUGAAGGGAAUUGUAAGAUAAUAUUUCUGGAGACGAUAUGUAAUGAUCGGAACAUAAUCGAAAGGAAUGUACGCCUGAAAAUUCAGCAGAGUCCUGACUAUGCUGACCAGCCGGAUUAUGAAGCUGGUUUGCAGGAUUUCCUUGAACGCUUGACAAAUUAUGAAAAGGUCUAUGAGCCAGUGGAGGAAGGUUCUUACAUAAAAAUGAUUGAUAUGGUAAAAGGGCAGGGUGGUCAGUUACAGGUGAACAAUAUCAGUGGCUACCUUCCUGGGCGCAUUGUCUUUUUCUUGGUGAACUCCCAUCUUGCGCCUCGGCCUAUUUUGCUUACCAGGCAUGGUGAGAGUUUACACAAUGUUAGGGGAAGAGUUGGUGGUGACACAGUCCUGAGUGAAAAUGGAGAGCUUUAUGCAAAGAAACUAGCGAACUUUAUCGAAAAGCGCCUCAAAUCUGAGAAAACUGCAACUAUUUGGACCAGCACUCUGCAGAGAACAAUUUUGACAGCAACUCCAAUUGUUGGAUUCCCAAAGAUACAAUGGCGUGCUCUUGAUGAGAUAAAUUCUGGGGUAUGUGACGGGAUGACCUAUGAAGAGAUAAAAAAAAUUAUGCCUGAGGAAUAUGAGUCACGCAAAAAGGACAAGCUGAGAUAUCGCUACCCGCGUGGGGAAUCUUACCUUGAUGUGAUUCAGAGGUUGGAGCCUGUCAUUAUCGAACUUGAACGCCAGCGUGCACCAGUGGUUGUUAUAUCCCACCAGGCUGUAUUGCGAGCCCUGUACUCAUAUUUUGCUGACAGGCCUCUAAGGGAAGUUCCAGACAUGGAGAUGCCACUUCAUACAAUAAUCGAGAUACAAAUGGGCGUUACCGGUGUCGAGGAGAAGAGGUACAAGCUCAUGGAUUGAGAAUCGGUACACAGAUAGGCUCACAAGAACAACCAGUUUCGAUUCCGCUAUUCCAGGUACGACCAUACAGAUGAUACAAUUAACUGGUUACCCUUUUUUUUUGGUCCGGAUGGCGUAAAACUAACCCCUCCGGUGUAAAGUAUUCGACCAACAAACCUUGGUCAUUGUAAAAUAAAAUAUAUACUCCUAAUAAGGAAUUGUAAAAAAUAAUACAUACUAAUGGAGUGGUAAUAAGGAAGAUAUGCAGAUUAUCCUGGUA